UCGCUUUUAUUCGCUUACCGCUAUCUCGCCUCGCUGUAAGACGGCUUCGUGGACAAAAUCUAUGUCAGGGGUCUUGGCUUCUCCAUGGAAGAGUGGGUUCCUUUGUUCAAUAUUUUCCUUCACUCACGCUCUGCAGAAGGGGAGGCGUCCUUUUGGAUGCAGCAAAACCCCAUGAAGGCUUCUACUUUCCUCGCCCUACUCACCAGAGACGUCCUCUAUUACCAAGCCUCUGCCCAACAGUAUCAACGAGCGGCAGAGAAAACGCCAUCAUCACCACCUUCUUCUUCUUCACAGGCUCAUUCCGUUGUUAACAAAUGCAUGUGGAUUGAGACUCUCCCGAAUGCAAUGCAAUCUAAAAUACUGUCAUUUCUGACCAUAGAACAUUUGAGAUUUCAUAAGAGCGACCUCUGUCUUUUAGCUACCAACAUUUUGAAACAGCCAAAUUUGGAAUUUUGGGUCAUGAAAUCUGCAAAGAAUUUGCUUAAUACGGUCAGGGGAGAUGGUUUAUGGCCUGUGCAUUUAGAUACAGACGAUGAAUUCAAUGCUUUGCCUCAGUGGCUUAAGGAUGGGAACGUAAAUGACCAUGCUAUCCUUCCUUGGCUUCCUUUGUCUCCACAAUCGGUUUCGCGGAUUACUUCGGAAAAAGUUUCUCGAGCUAUGGAUGAGGUUUUUGAGUUGCAAGAAGAAGAAAUGAUUGACCAGGUAAUGGAUGAUAGUUUAAGAAAUGAGGAUGGCCAUUUAGAACCGGUUUCCCUCAGUUCAGAGCUUGAACCUUCUAUUAGAGCUAGAGCUCUUAAGUUGAAAGAAGAACUUUUGAGUUUUGGUGAGCAUGGUGAUGCCAUUAGAGCCUCUCAUUUUGCUGAUGAAAUUAGAAAUCUAUGUGGUCUUGCACAUACCAUGUCAGUGUUGGGUAUCAUUGAACCUUGGAAGGCGGAUAAUGCGACUGCAUUGCACAUUUUGAAUAAUCUUGUAAGUGAGAAUGAAAGCUGUGAUUAUGAGAGGCUGAGCCAGGUUAUGUGCUCUUUUCUUCUUCCCAGUUUGUUGGUGCUAAAUGAGCCAGCUUCGCGCCUACUGAUGAGCAACACCCUCAAGUAUGCAAAGCUGCAUCAGAGUGCAGCAGCAGAUGCGAUCUUUCUUCCAUUGAUAUUGCGAAAUGAGGGAAUGAACAUUCACAUCUGUGAUGUACUUAGUAGAAUCGUUAGGGAAUGCAUGCACUCAGUUCAACUUUCAUCUUUGUGCCAGAAGUUGCUAACUGAAGAAAGCUUGUCCAAGGUAGUCGUGUGUCAGCCUUGCCAUCGAAAAGAUUUCAUCUCAGAUUGUUUAGUAUGGACGGAGCCCCUAAUUGUUCUUUUUCAGAAUAUGUUGAAUCAGAAUGUUUAUUUAACUGAAGAUACAGUCGACUCCUUAGUCUCUUCCCUCAGGAAUGUUGCUGAAAGAUUUUCUAAAUCCUUGAAAUUUGUGAACUUUAUUAUUUUCUUAGUGGGGAGGUAUGGUUCUCUGCUAAAGGUUCAUAAAGUUACGUUGUUAAAUAUGGCGGAGAACACUGAUACAUUUAUUUCAUCAUCUUUAAUAUCUAAGCUUAAUCACUUGUAGCUAUGGAUGUGACACAUUUUACUGCAAGUCAAGCUGAUCUAAACGACACAUGUCUUAUUCAUUGUCAAUAUUUGUGUUAUGUAUAUAUGUGUAACUUGGAAUUGGUGCUCUCAUGCUUGAUCUUCUGACUCUCAAAAGACAGCAAAACAAACCA